CACCACACACAUUAAUUCCAAAGGGUGCAAUCUCUCUUUCCCCUCUCGCUGCAUUUUGCGACAUCGCCAGUCAACCACAGCUCUCUAGCAUUGGCACUGAAAAAUAAAGAGACAAUUAUCAACAGAUAUUCCAAUCAAGCCAACUAUUCACACCGCAACUUGCCACCACAACCACACACUCAUCCAUCAUGGCCUCGAGCGAAGCCGGCUUCAUGAUGUCGGACGCCCCGUCCAUGCCGGCAGGCCGGCGUUAUGGCGGCUUUCCUUCAUCGUCAUCUGCGAGACCUCGUGGUCCUCCAUCUGAGAACCUCGGCGCUCCCAGCGACGAUGGUACUGAAGGCUUUGCCGACGACCAGAUGCCCCGACUGUCUGGCAUGAGGGGUACUGCUCAGAUCCCCAAGGUACAAGAUCGCAUUGGUGUUCUUGUGCAGGAACACUUUGCCAACUUUGUUGAAAACUUCGUCGAAGACCCCUCUUCAUCCGCACCCCCUACCUCUAGCGCCAUCACAACCAACAAGCACUACCGCGCGCAAAUCACAGCUAUGAAGGUGUACAACCUCUCUACAUUCUACGUCGAUUUCAAACAUCUCUCAUCAUGGGAAAACGGCAGUUUGGCCGAUGGUGUCAUGCGCCAAUACUACCGUUUCCUGCCUUUUCUCACAACCGCGCUCAACGAGCUGAUCGCCAAGCACGAGCCCAUGUACUACCGCGCCCAUCGUCAGCCUACGUCGACAUCGAGUGCAGUUUCUACUUCUGCUGCUAGUCAGAUGGGCUCCGGUACCCAGAGCGACAACCCCCAGAUGAAGAAUGAGCACCAGCAAACGGACAAACUUUUCUCAGUCGCCUUCUACAACCUGCCCCUCAUCUCUCGAGUUCGCAGUCUUCGCGCGACCAACAUUGGUCAGCUCAUUUCGAUUUCCGGAACAGUUACCAGAACGUCUGAAGUCCGACCAGAGCUGUCUCUCGCUACAUUCGUCUGCGAGGCUUGCAGAGCUGUCGUGCCCAACGUCGAACAGACUUUCCGAUACACCGAACCUACACAGUGCCCUAACAGUACUUGCCAGAACAGAGUCGCCUGGCAGCUUGAUAUUCGCCGCAGUACCUUUGUCGAUUGGCAGAAAGUCCGAAUCCAGGAAAACAGUUCGGAAAUCCCUACCGGUAGCAUGCCCCGCACCAUGGAUGUGAUCCUCCGUGGCGAAAUCGUGGACCGAGCCAAGGCCGGAGAAAAGUGUAUCUUUACUGGUGCCGUUAUCGUCGUUCCUGACGUUAGCCAACUUGGUCUUCCUGGCCUGAGACCCACAGCAAUCCGUGACGACAAGAACGCUCCUCGUGGAGCGGAUGCUGGCGGUUCGGGAAUCUCUGGCCUCAAGGCUCUUGGUGUCCGUGAUUUGACAUACCGCAUGGCCUUUUUGGCCUGCAUGGUGUCUCCUGAUAAUGCCUCCACUGGCCAAUCUUCUGCCAGCAGCAUCGCCGAUACCAUUGCCAACCUUACCCAGAACGCUACUAGCGAUUCGACCCGCAGCGUGGAAGACGAACAAGCCGUCAUCCUGUCAUCGAUGAACCAGUCUGAAGUCGAGGAUUUGCGUGGUAUGGUCCACGGUGAUCACAUUUACUCCCGUCUGGUGCAAUCAAUUGCCCCCAUGGUUUAUGGUCACGAAGUGGUGAAGAAGGGUAUCCUUCUGCAGCUCAUGUCCGGUGUGAGCAAGGCAACCCCUGAAGGCAUGCAGCUUCGUGGUGACAUCAACAUUUGCAUUGUUGGCGACCCUUCCACGUCCAAGUCUCAGUUUCUUAAGUAUGUUUGCUCUUUUGCGCCACGUGCCGUAUACACCAGUGGUAAGGCUUCAUCUGCUGCCGGUUUGACUGCUGCAGUCAUCAAGGAUGAGGAGACUGGCGAGUUUACUAUUGAAGCUGGCGCUCUAAUGUUGGCUGACAAUGGUAUUUGCGCUAUUGAUGAGUUUGACAAGAUGGACAUUGCUGAUCAGGUCGCCAUCCACGAAGCCAUGGAACAGCAGACCAUUUCCAUUGCCAAGGCUGGUAUCCAGGCUACGCUCAAUGCGCGUACCAGUAUUCUUGCUGCUGCCAACCCUGUUGCUGGCCGCUACGACCGUAAAGCCACGCUUCGAUCCAACAUCAACAUGUCUGCGCCCAUUAUGUCCCGUUUCGAUUUGUUCUUUGUCGUGCUUGACGAAUGCAACGAAUCUGUCGACAGACAUCUUGCAAACCACAUUGUUGGUAUUCACCAGCUUCGUGAUGAAGCUGUCGAGCCCGAAUUCAGCACGGAGCAAUUGCAGCGAUACAUCCGCUUCGCACGUACCUUCCGCCCUGUCUUCACCGAGGAGGCUAAGGAGGUGCUCGUUGAAAAGUAUCGCGAACUGCGUCAAGACGAUGCUCAGGGUGGUGUUGGCAAGAACUCUUACCGUAUCACUGUUCGUCAGCUCGAGAGUUUGAUUCGUCUUUCUGAGGCUAUUGCCAAGGUCAACUGUACCGAGAACAUUAGCACCGAAAUGGUCAUUGAAGCCUACAACCUGCUCCGCCAAAGUAUCAUUUCCGUCGAGCACGAUGAUGUUGAGAUGGACGAAGAGGCCGGUUUUGACGACUCUGACGCUCUUCGCCAGGCUGCUGAAGUGGCCAGCGGCGAGGACGCUGAAGAGGAUGAAGCCAUGGCAGGCCAGGCUGCUACCCAGGAAACUGGCAACCGACGCACCAUCACGUACGACAAGUACAUCAAGAUGGUCAACAUGUUUGUCCAGCGCAUCAACGAUGACGAGAGCGGAAGCGGCGAUGGUGUCGUGGGCGAGGCUCUUGUCAGUUGGUACCUGGAGAGCAUCGAGUCGGAGUUGGAGGGCGAGGACGACUACCACGCCGAGAAGGCGCUGUCGGUAAUGGUUCUCAAGCGCAUGGUCAAGGAAAACAUCCUCAUGGCUGUCCGUGUCGAGGACGAUUCCAGUGCCAAUACCACGGCACCUGUUGCUCUGCGGGUGGUUUACGUCAUGCACCCGAACUGCUCGUUUGAAGAAUUCUAAACAGGCAACGCGGAUAAUGAGUAUAUACCACACGCAGUAAUGAUUGCCGUACACAUACUUAGAUGACGAACUGAACAAAAAAGAGGAGUUGCCCAGGGGAUGCGAGACAGAGUAGUUGGUUGGUUGUGUUUGUUCUAGACUCAUGCAUGUACUUGACGCUGGGCUGGUUUUGUAACUUUUUGAAUGGAAGGAGUUUGGGAUAGGACCGGGAUUUGCAGAUUACCUUAGUUGAUUGAAUGAUUUAUCUUUGCCAUUUAUU